CCAUUCUUUCCGUAUAAAAUCCAUCCAUCUGGCCAUUCUUUCUUACAAAGAUGGUAAAAAAAAUAAGAAUAUUGUCGAGGCCAUCUAGUAAGGGGGAUUAGCUCUUUCUAGGAAUUGUUACUUGAUACAUAAUAUGUGUAACUUAUUUGUCACGGAAACCAUCUUUACCACUGCUAAGUUUGGUAGUUGUAUUUUAAAAAUAAGCCAAUCAUCCAAAUAAAUGGUGAUGGAUGCGUAUAAUGUAAUAAAAUAUUAAAUGGGUAGCCGGUUUGUAAUUAAAUUUUUUUAUGAACUAUGUGGACCGAACAGGGAUUACAUGCUCGAAUCAUUAAUCUAGUAACAUAUAUUUCUUUGGCAGUGAUUGCUCUGCCCAUCUUCGGCAUAACUUCUGUUGCUUUAGUCAUUGACAUGUGGAGGAGGAGAAGCAAACAGAAAAACUUCAGACGAAAUGGAGGAGAGCUCUUGAAACACCACAGAGUUCAAAUCUUUACGGAGGCAGAGCUGGCGAAAGCAAUCAACAACUAUGAUGAGAGCAACAAGCUUGGCGAGCACGGUUUCGGUUCUGUCUAUAGAGGAAGAAUAGCCGGGGACACCGUGGUCGCGGUCAAGAAGCCGAAAGAUGUGCACAAGUCUCUGCUACGGAGGGAUUUCCUGCAUGAACUUGAAACUGUGAUGCAGAUAAACCACAAAAAUGUGGUGAAGCUCCAUGGCAUAUGUUUGGAGACUAGGAUACCAUUGCUGGUUUAUGAAUACAUUUUGAAUGGUACCCUCUUCCAACACAUCCAUCCGAAUGCGUCAACCAUCUUAAGAUCUUGGAAAAACCAGCUCAGAAUAGCCGCCGAAGCUGCUCUUGCCCUCAAGUAUAUGCAUUCCUGCGCAGAACCCCCGAUCAUUCACGGUGACAUCAAGUCGGUGAACAUACUUCUGGAUCAAAAUUACUCAGUGAAAGUAUCUGAUUUUGGAACUUCGGUACUUAUAUCACCAGAGAAUAGUCAUAUCGUGUCCUUUGAAAUACAAGGCACGUUGGGCUACAUCGAUCCGGAAUAUUUAACCACCGGUAGGCUGACAAUUAAAAGUGAUGUAUACAGCUUUGGAGCUGUCCUCAUGGAGUUGCUCACGAGAAAGAAGCCCGCAAGUUUUAUUCUUAAGUCUGGAGAGUCAAUCAAUAUCAUUCAUUAUUUCAUCUCUUGCGUGAAGGAUGAGAAACUCUCCAAUGUCAUAAACUUCGAGGCUGCCAGUGAAGACGAAAUGGAGAGAGUAGGAAUGGUUGUUGAGAUUGCAGUGAAGUGCUUGGACCAAAGUGGUGCGAGGAGGCCGACAAUGCAGGAAGUGGCUGAGCAACUCGCCAGGAUUGACUGCAAGCUCGACAUCGCGACGGUUGAAGAAGACAAUGAGGAGACCAAACGCGAAGUGGAUGAAGAAAACCUCCCCUCCCAUUCGAUAACAGUUACUUGCGAGACAAGCCAACAUGGGACAACGUCAGGCUCUCUUUUCUGAUCUGGGAAUGGUAUCAGCAGGUUCAACCAUCUGAUAUUUUAUUACUAUAGUA